AUGGGGUUUCUUCCAGUGGCAGAUGCGCAGCAGAAUUACGACGGUCAGAAUGGCCCCCAUCAGUUCGGUUCGCCCGGGAACGGUGUCUACAUACGGGGUCAGAACUAAGGACCUUACACCGUGCCAGGAGUGGGUGGGACCUUCCAGAACUCCCCAGGAAGCGGUCAACACAGCUACACCGAUGAGCAGGGAAAUACCUACACCCACACUUCAAAAGAAUACUCCAGGGGUUCGGCUUCGGGUCUGAGCUUUAGAGUGGGCCUUGUUUUCCUUGCGUUUUUGUCCUAUUUAUCAUUGUGAGAAACUAUUAUACAUGUAACUAUUCAAAAUUUACUACUUAAAUGCCGUCCAAUUAUUUCCAA